AGUUUAAUAUUUUACUGAAUAAAUAACUGUUUGUUUUGUCUUUUUACAUAACAGCUUCUAUCCCAGCAACAUGGGCAAGGCCGGGAGUAAAGUGCUGCCGCCAACCUCGCUGGAUGGGGUUCAAACACAGACAACUCCGGUCGCGACGCCUCCGCCUGCUCCUGCAGCAGCUGCCAGUGUUACAUUCGAAGGACUCUCUAAAACCAAGAAGAUGAAGGUGAAGUGGGCCCAUCUGUGGUUGGUCUUCUUUCUACUGCUCUCUCUGGUGAUGACAGGCUGUUUCCUCUGGCAAUAUCAGCUGCCCAAACUUAAGCCAGACGAAGACAUGGGUCGCAAUGCCAAUUCAGAGAUGAUGUGUCCCCGCUUCCCUGAACCUCUCCCUUUGGAGCAUCCUAUUCCCAGUCUCAAAGAAGCAUUGGAAAAGGUGGACGUUUUGUUUCGGCAAAGCAUCAACCCUGUCAGCCUUCCUGCUUUAUCUGCCAUCGUGAUCUUGAAUGACACAGUUUUGUGGACUGGCAACUUUGGAAAGAGGAAUGCCAGUGAUCCUCUGUCAGGCCCACCCAGUGAAUAUACUAUCUACAGAAUUGCCAGUUUAUCGAAGAUUUUCCCCACGCUGAUGCUCUACAAACUGUGGGAGGAUGGAAAGAUCGCCUCCUUAGAUGACCCACUGGAAAAAUAUGUAGACAAUUUCACUAUAAAAAACCCUCUGGGAAAAACACGAGACUCUGAGUUAAAAUAUGUGACAGAUGGCCUCAUAUUUCUAGACAGCGGAGAGGUACAAAUUCGCUCCUCCUCUGUCACCCUGCGCAGGAUGGCAAGUCAGCUCUCAGGUCUGCCCAGGAGGCUCCGGGCAACAAAUUUACUCUGGAAAGGCAAAACCCAAUCGGCAAUCAAUCUAUUACAAGACGACGUCCUCGUUGCAGAUCCAGGGACCAAGUGUCACUAUAGUAACCUCGCAUUCUCUUUACUCGCUCAUGUAAUGUCUGAAAGAGUGGUCGGCGUUGACUACCAACGGUGGGUCACAGAAAACAUCUUGGAUCGAUUGGGAAUGGAAGACACCAGUUUUGAGCUGACCCCUGGGUUGCAGGGCCAGUUUGCGGUGGGAGUGUACUCCAAUGGGAAACCGGCGCCUCUCUAUGAUCUCGGCUGGUACCGGCCUUCGGGUCAGAUGUUCUCCACUCCCGCCGACAUGGCCAAACUUGCCAUGGUGCUGCUGGGUGCUUACCACCGUAAGCUGUUGGAGCCAGAUUCUCUAAAGAUCAUGUUGAACCCACUCUUUAGAUGUGAUAAGGAUUACUUCGCAAACCGUACUGGGACACCUUGGGAGGUAAAUGAGCUCAUGGGCUACGAGAUGUUGAGGAAAGAUGGUGAUCUGGACGGCUACUCUGCCACGUUCUCCCUGGUUCCCAGACUGAAGCUUGGCCUCGUGAUCCUAAUGGCGGGCAGCAGGCCCCAGAAACAGGAUGUGGUCACAAAGGCCUACAGCUAUAUUGUUCCAGCAAUCGAGAAAGCCUUCAGAGAAGCCAAGAAAAUUCUUGUUGCUCCUCCAAAUCCAGAUCCUUACGUUGGCUUUUUCACAUACAGCAACAUCACUUUCUACGAGAUCAAAGCGGGACCUGACGGAGUUCUGAUUAUGCAGCAGUUUGGUCCUCAGAUUGAAGAGCUGAUUCCAGAGAGGUACAGGACAAUAAAGCUCAAGUACCUGGUUGAGCGGGUAUUCAGAGUUGUGUUUGAUAAAGAGUACCCUUGUGUUUUGAGAGUGGGCAAGGCUUCUGUCUCUCUGGAAGCCCAAGAUGGUCAGCUGUUCAACUUCUAUGUGUUUAAUAAGCAAGGUUUGUCUCCUGGCUUUGAUGCACCGGGGCUAAACACAUACAAUGUGGUGAGAAUAGCCCGCAGACCAACCUUCACCAGCUGAGGAGCAGCAAAGACACAAAGACGAAGUCAUGCAGGGGCAUUGAAUACUGAAAGACUCACCUGAAAUAAUAGAGAACUCCAGCAGUAUCCCAUGGGGAAGAACUCUUGAAUGAGAACGGAUAACAAAGACAAGUAUUUCGCACAGAAAUUCCAUAACUUGUUGGCUGGGUGGUGUGCAUGAAUGUCGUCCUCACACUGGUCCUUUAUCACACAUCUGAGCUAAAUGCUCACACUGUGGUAAUUCGGAGCUUUUGCUCUUCCUGCCUUCAUUUAAACUGCUCUCAUCUCUUCUGUUAACAUUUCUCUAGAAAACAAACAGAAGCAGAUCAACACUUCUUAUGGUGGGUCACAUAAAAAAUGUACAUAUGUAAUUUUUUUUUCAAACAGGGUUAUUUGUAAAUAGGAUAUUAGGCUCUUGUAUUUGUAAAUAUUGUGUAUUACCAGUCUUCUUGUAACAGGUUUAUUUAUCAGUUUUAGAGGUGCUUAUUUAAAGUUAGAAACGAUGCUAUCUUAUUCGACAUUAGCACAGGACUAACCUUGCCUGCAAAUUGAAUUCUCACGGUUUUUGUGCGUUCACAAACACAAGAGACACCAUCUCGUACCGCUCCCACUUCAAUCGUUUGUGACCAAACCAAAAAUGGUUUGUGCCAAUCACGUUGCAGUUUUAUGUUUUAAGGCGGGACAUAGAGCUGUGACGAAAGCCAGAGCUGCUGUAACCACAAUCGAGCCAACUUAAACAUGACAGCGCAGGAGGGACACACACGUAGCUACUGCUAUCACACCUGUUUUGUCAGAAUCCACAAUUUCUUUGAAGAAGACCAGCAAGAAGUGCUGGAUAAAAGAUGACAGGGUAACUUAUUGUGGUUGUCUCAUUGAUACAGUGAUUGGCUAAAACCAACCUUUGGUGUUGCUUCGUCCAAUCAGCUUAGAGAAUUCUUCUGAAAUUCCCUCCUUUCCACAAAUGGGUUCAAUGGGAGCAGUUCCACAUUGAUAAUGUACAGAAUGCAGAGUGCUAUAAAUUAUCAAUCUGGCUGGCCAGGUUAGUGUAGGACCACCAGGGCUGCAGUUCUCACUGUCUGUCAGCUUGUGGUAGCUGUAACAGAGAGCAAAUUAAUUUAAUAACUUUACAAAAGCAAAAGAAAUCAGUAUUUCAUAUGGAUAAAAGAUGACAGAAAUAAAAUAAAUACAGAUGAAUUUGAAUGCGAAGGCCAGUGUUGGAUUGUACCACAGCAAAGUAACUGUAUAAAACUCCAUUCAAUAAUUGAUUCAAAGGUCACAUUAUUUUUUGUGUGAUGCAUUCCUUAAUUUCUGUCAUAUGGCAACUUUUUUGGCCGAUGGAGUGUUUUCUAUGCUGUUGGUCCUGAAGUUUCUGUUGUUUUCUGUGAUGCUGGUUGAAAUAUGGAUCAUAACGUCAAUAUUUAUUAUGUACUUUUAAGGUUGUUUUUUUUUUUUGGAAAUAAAUAUUGCCCUUGUUUCAGUUGAUGCUAACAAAAAUUUGAUUUUACUUGACAAGAUGAACUCAAUAGUGCAGACUGUGUGGGAUUGCCAGGCCUUCUCCCCCACCCUCCUCAUGUUUCACCACCUUGUGAUGGCAUAAGGAUGAAGCAACCAAACAGCAACUUUGCACCAGUGAAGGAAAAAGUGGGGUUUUAUGUGGAGUUAGCAGCAGUGUUACAAGAGAAGAACAAAAUAAAAAAUUAACAUAGCCAAACCAAAUCAUUGUCCCUGCACAAGCCAGAGUUACUCCUUCAGCACAGUUAGCUGCUUCAGAACGUUAUCAACGUCAUGUGUCAUUGCUCUGACGUUGGGAUUUUGUUUAUCAUGAAUUCAGUUGUUUUGUUUUUGUUGUGAUUUGCCAACCAAUCAUUGUUAUUGUAAGUCUGGACAGCAGUUUUCUAUGCUGGAGGACUUUGCUUUGAUUUUAGUGAUUGAUUGCAUUAAUUAAAAUAGGUUCAUCAGUGAGUAACACCCUGCCAGGGUUCAUAGGACAACAAGACUGUUAAAAAUUAAAGCAAUUAGCAUUACACAAGAGAGUCGUGUUCACUGAUUUCAUGCUUGUUCCCUGUGCCGAUUACACCUCAAUUUGCUCAUAACCUUAGAAACGUUGUCCGUCUAAUUGCUCAAGUAAAUUGUAUGUGAUCUAAUAAAGCCUGCCACUAUAUCACAGUCUGACAUUUUUCUAAUUUCCGUAAGUCCUAGGAAUUAAUAUUGAACAUUUUUAGCACUAAUAUGAUGCACUGUACUCCAUCAUCAAAUUAAAGAUUAUUUUUGUGACUUGUUGGAUGAAAAUCACCAUUUGUAAUGGUGUGAGCUGUUCUGGCACAAAGCUGAACUAACAUGUUAAUUGCUGCACUGAUUCCCUGCCACUGUUCUCACUGGUUAUUUUGAGUGAAAUGUCCAAGGAGGUUCACUCUGCCUUUACAAAAGAAAUGACCACAAAGUGCAAUCAGGAAGCCAAAUCAUACCUCUUAGUGUUACAAUACAAUCAUUUGUCAACAAUCAAAGUAAAAAUUCUAAAGUUCUUAGGCAUUACAUGUAGAACGUACAACAGCUACAUCGGAGCACCUCAGCAUUUAUUUGUGUAACUUUUAAUAAGAGGCAUUUCACAAUGGCCACAAUCAGUUUUCCUAAUCACAGAUGCAAACAGCUUACCAGUCAUUCAAAUCACAUAGAUGAUUGCCGGCCAAGCAACAAGAGACAUAACAGGAUUAAGGGACGCACACAGCACAGCAUUACAUUCUUUGUUUUCAUAUUUCUCAGAAACACAAAGGAUUUCUUUUUUUUGCUUAGCAACACACUGAUUUUUUUUUAAAUGAGCGCAAAAAUAAUCAAGUUCAGCACGUUGUCAGUCAGGUUACAGUUGAUUUUUACACCUUCACUCUGGAUUUUUCCUCAAAGCCAUACAGCAAAUACAGACGAAGUGAACGGGUA